AUGCGUUUCUUUGUACUUUCUGUUAUUGCUUCAGCUCUUCCGGCAACCUUGGCGGUUUCCGGUUUGAGUGACUCAUGCUCUGACUGCUUCAUUGAUCCCAACCGCUACUGGUACCUCCAGUGCCGCGGGUGCAAGUACGAAUACCCGGCCGACCAUGUUGGAUACAGCAACUGCCAGCGUGACAGCGACCAAGACAAGUGGCAGUGCACGGACUCGCUGACGAGUCUGGAUUUGAACGGCUGUGUCGUCAAUAACGGCAACAAGCUUGAGUACCGUCCUGAGUAUGUGUCAUCUUCCCCCCAGUGUAUUUACACGGGUCUUUGGCGGCUUGCAGAUGCUAAUCAUUUUUCUUACCUGCAAUUUAGCGGAGGCUUUGCCAAUUCUUGUGACCACGAUUCCAUCAAGGUGGAUGGCCACACGCUUUCGGCCACUUGCGGUGGCAAAGACCUCUCCACCGACUUGGGUAAGGCUGGCAUAGUUCACCGUUCAUUCUGA